UAGGAAGAAAAUGAUAAAUUGCUGGAGGAAGGAGAAAGGCUCCUGAUUUUCAGAUUGUAGUAGAAACCCACACUGCAAUGUCAUCAAUUCCCCAGAAUUCUCCAUCCCUGAGUUGUUUGGAAUUAUGCAAAUCGACACGAGAAAUGAAGCAGCUCCAAGCUUUAACGAUGAAAACCAGACCCAUCCAAAUCCAGCUCCUGUACUCUAAAAUCAUGUCCGCCGGCGAUUUUUCUUCACCUGAAAGCCUCAGUUACGCUCGCUCGAUUGUCAAGCAUGUUGAAAGUCCAGAUAUUGUCAUCUACAAUGCCUUAAUCAAAGGUUUUUCUGGUUUCAACGAAAAAAGCUCCUCCUUUGAAGCAAUGGCGCUGUUUAAAGAAAUGAUGAUGAAAGGUCUCGUUCCGGAUACCUAUACUCUUCCUUAUGUCCUCAAGGCGUGCGCACAGUGUCAGUCUCUGAGCCAUGGCGAGCAGGUUCAUGGGCAUUCGAUCAAGACGGGUCUCUCGUCUAGUGUGUAUAUCGUCAACACUUUGAUGCGGCUUUACGCCGUUUGUGGGAUCAUCGUUUCUGUUCGGAAGGUGUUCGACUAUUCUUCUCACCGGGAUUUGGUUUCCUGGACCACCCUUAUCCAGGCUCUUGUCAAGAUGGGCCAUGCGAGGGAAGCCAUUAACGUCUUCUUUCAAAUGUGUCGGGAGAAUUUAAUAGCUGAUCAAAGGACCAUGGUCAUUGUACUGUCUGCAUGCGCCCGGUUGGGAGACCUUAGUCUGGGUACUCAGAUUCAUCGAUACAUGCAUGAUAAUAUUGUGGAUUAUGAUGUUUUCGUGGGUAAUGCAUUGGUUGAUAUGUACUUGAAAUGUGGUCAUGCAACCUCUGCUCGGAAAGUGUUUGGUGAAAUGCCUGUUAGAAACGUAGUUUCUUGGAAUUCCUUGAUAUCUGGACUAGCUCAGCAAGGACAAUUCAAGGAAGCAUUGGAUGUUUUCUAUGACAUGCAAACCAUAGGUCUUAAGCCAGACAGUUUUACUCUGGUUGCCGUUCUCAAUGCUUGUGCCAAUCUAGGAAUCCUUGAAUUGGGGAAGUGGAUUCAUGCUUACAUGGAUAAAAACCAUAUCCCCUCAGACGGUUUCAUUGGAAACGCUCUGGUGGAUAUGUAUUCCAAGUGUGGAAGCAUAGAAGAAGCUUUCAAGGUUUUUCAGGGCAUGAAAUGCAGAGAUGUUUAUUCUUAUACAGCCAUGAUUGUCGGAUUAGCAAUGCAUGGUGAAGCUGAGAGAGCACUGCAAAUCUUCUCCCUCAUGCCCCAAGCUGGAGUAAAACCGGAUGAAGUAACAUUUGUUGGCGUCCUAUCUGCUUGUAGUCACGCAGGGCUGGUUGAGGAAGGCAGGCAACAUUUUCAGGACAUGUCCAAGGUCUACAACCUGAAACCUCAAACAGAGCACUACGGUUGCAUGGUAGACCUUCUAGGUCGUGCUGGAUUGAUUAGGGAAGCAGAGGAGUUCAUAUUACAGAUGCCAAUCGAGCCCGAUGCCUUUGUCUGGGGUGCAUUACUGGGAGCAUGCAGGAUUCACACAAAAGUCGAGCUAGGUGAAACCGUAAUGGGAAAACUGAUGGACAUUGAACCUGGAAGAGAUGGUGCAUACAUUCUCAUGUCAAACAUCUAUUCCUCUGCAAACAGAUGGAAAGAUGCAUUGAAGAUGAGAAAGAUAAUGAAAGAAAGGAACUUGAAGAAAACUCCUGGCUGUAGUUCAAUUGAAGUAGAUGGCAUUGUUCAUGAGUUCCAAAAGGGCGACAAUUCUCACCCAAGAAACAUAGAGAUUCGCAUGUUAUUGGAACAAAUGGCGCUUCAAUUGCAUAACUACGGGCACUUUGACUCAACAGUUCUACCUGUAUAGACGGUGGUAGUUAAUUUUUCACUUCAAGAUUCUUCUACUCGUCCAAUAUCAAAUCAUAUUGUACAGGGAAACAUUAUACUUUCUUUUUUUUUUUACCAAUAAUUUUGAGAGUUUCUUAUUUAUUUAGCAGUCUAGUUUGAUGGAGCAAGGCUCCAAUAUAAAAGGCAGUCCUGUUU